AUGGGUUAUAUGUGUGACUUCUGUGGUGAACAAAGGUCAAUGGUGUAUUGCCGGUCUGAUGCAGCGUGUUUGUGCCUCUCCUGUGACCGUAAUGUUCAUUCUGCUAAUGCUUUAUCCAAACGCCAUUCCCGGAAUUUGAUAUGUGAGAGGUGCAAUGCACAGCCAGCGUCUGUUCGGUGUAGCGAUGAGAGGGUUUCUCUCUGCCAAAACUGUGAUUGGUCAGGCCACAACGGAGCUACUUCACAGCAUAAAAGGCAAACCAUCAACUGUUAUUCUGGUUGUCCUUCGAGUGACGAGCUUGCAUCGAUAUGGUCUUUUUGUUUGGAUUUGAAUCUCUCUUCUGCUGGAGAAUCUGCUUGUGAGAAAGGGAUGGGUUUGAUGACUAUAGAUGAAGGUGGAGGAGGAGGAGAGAAAUCAGGUGUUGGAGAUGUCAAUGUAGUAGAUGAGCCUGGAACAAGUUCUGCUGCUGCACAAGGUAUGGAUCGCUCUAGUGUUCCAGAAAACUCAUCAUCUGCUAAGGAUCUUGGAGUAUGCGAGGAUGACUUUCGUGGCAAUCUCGCUAUGGAAGAUGUGGACUUGGCUUUUGAGAAAUACGAUGAGCUCUUUGGGACAGCCUUCAACUCUUCAAAAGAUCUCUUCGAACAUGGUGGAAUCGAAAGUCUUUUCGACAAACAUGAGGGCUCAAUCCAAGGAAACGCAGCGCAGCAGCCAGCUGAAAGCAAUGGGGCAUCUGUAGAUUCGUUCAUGAGUUGUAGAACAGAGCCGAUAAUUUGCUACUCGUCAAAGCCAGCUCAUUCGAAUAUCUCCUUCUCUGGCGUCACAGGAGAAAGUACUGCUGGAGAUUUCCAAGAUUGUGGGGCGUCAACGUUGCAGCAGCUUUCAAGAGAGCCAUUACCGUGGUGCCCUCCAACAACACAGGAGAUUAAUGCUUCCUCACACGCAACAACGCGUAACAACGCUGUUAUGCGUUACAAGGAAAAGAAGAAGGCUCGCAAGUUUGACAAGCGAGUGAGGUAUGUCUCUAGGAAAGAAAGAGCUGAUGUAAGACGGCGUGUGAAAGGACGGUUCGUCAAGUCAGGUGAAGCUUAUGAUUACGACCCACUGAGCCCAGCAAGAAGCUACUGA